UUUAUUUAUCCCCCCUUAAUUUAUGAGAUUUCUUGAUAUAUGUGAGACAACAAGGGAGCUGGUGUCACAGUUUAAAGAAAAUGUUAAAGAUGUUCAGUCCUUACUAAGAAGGAGAAAAGGAGAUUUGAGCAUCACUAACUACACUUCGUUUAGGAAGAAGAUGAAGAAAGAUGCCAAAAACUUAGUUACAAUUUUAAAGAAAAUGGAUCAUGAGGUGGUUGAUGUAAUGGAGGUUGAUCAACUUGUCUCAGCUGUUAUCAGAGUGCUAAGAGAAGUUAGUACAAUGGGAAUUUCAGUAUUCCAAAUGGUGUUGGUUUUCUUGUCAGCUCCAGUUUCUAAGCCAAUUAACAAAUGGUCUUUGGUUUCAAGAUUGGUGAACAAGGGAGAUCAAGACAAUGUAAAUGAGAUAGAAAGUGCUGAUUUUGCAUUAAACAGCCUUUUCAAGUGUGGCUCAAGUGAAGUGGAGAAAAUCCAGUUUGCGCAGAAUAGAUUGGAAAAUCUGGAAGCUCAUUUUGAAUGCAUUGAUUUCAGUACUAUAAAUCUAUCCUAUUAGCAUAAAUCUUAAGGGAUUCAAUGGAUUAAACUUCAAGUUUAACUAGAGACUACAUGUACUUAACUGAUCCGCACAGCCAAAUCAAGUUUAAGUAUUAAAGAAUACCUUUAGUUCCUAGAUUCCAUAUCGCAAACCAAAGGGAUAUCUCCUAGUAUGUGCCAGGUAAAAUGUUUUUGAGAGAACACAAAACUAAAAGCACCGAAAUAAGGGAAGCAGCACGCAGACAAAGAUUUUAAAGAGUUGCUUAUAUCAACUCAGCAGUGAUUGAUGUUAUAUGCAAAAUCCCAAGCAAGGAAGGAGG